AUGGCACCCACUUUACGUAAAAGGAGAAGAAAAUUUGAGAGUAGUAAUAGAAACGAGAGUGAGAGAAAAAGCAAACGACCGAAAGCAGACGAGGUAGAAACAGGAAAGGACACUAUCGCGAAAACAAAUGACGAGCCAACAGAUGCGGACUACAACGAUCGCACAGAUCUGGAGUUUGAAUCGCAACAAAAACCAUUAAACUGUAGAACAGAUACUGACCAAGACGAAGAAGAUGACGAAGAGGAAUGUGACUGGGAGACAAUAGAAGUUUCUGAAGGUGAUAGAGAACAUUUGGAAAAUGAGUACUAUGAGCAUCAACCAAUAUAUAAUGAUGUUGAAAUUGUAAUGGAACAACAAAGCCGGCCAACGACAACGAGAAAAAAUAUGUCAGCCUACGAAAGAGAAUACCAGCGACAGCUACGAGAAUGGAUUCAUCAUAGCCAUGUUGUCUGCCUUACUGCCCAUUAUAAAUUAAGAAAUAUUUGGUGUAAUCAAAUCAAAUCUGCCUGUCAGAGUAUCAUACCUUCCCAUUUUUGCCGCAGCCGCUGUCAAAUUAAAAAUACAAAAAAUUUCCUUAAAGCUUUUGUAGACUGGUGGCGCAAAGAGAAUGGGUUUGUCAUAACGGGACCAGGACUUUUGACAAUUCCGUAUAAUCCAACUUAUCUCAAUGGUUGUCAAUCCCUAAAAGAUUGGAUAGAUGCGCGUAGCUCUGAUGAGAAUGGUGAUUUUAUACAGGACAAAGAAGAAUUUGCACAAAUAAACCAAGGAACCAGAGAUACAAAUGCAGAAUUGUUCGUCGCUAUGUUGAGAGCGUGUGAGAUUUUUGAUGAUGUGCGUUUGGUUUGCUCUUUGCAACCCGUUCCGUAUAAAAUACCCCCAGCUAAUAAGCAAAGUAACAGUCAAGAAUCUUCGACAGAAUUAAAAAACGAAAAAAGGAAAGCACGCACCACAAAUAAAUUUAACUUGCGAAAGCCUGCUCCAACGCCUCAGGUUGACUACAACACUUUACUAAGGGACCCUUUCAAGGCUGCUAAUAGACCGCCUACUGUAUGGGCCGAAGUUUAUUGUGAUACAUUGAAACGGUGGAUCUGCGUCGAUCCUAUACGCGGCUUCAUUGAUCAACCGCUCUUAAUGGAACCCAAUCAUAAGGCACGCAACUAUCAAUUAUCAUUUGUCCUCGCUUUUGAUCAAACUAAUCAAGUGACCGAUGUUACUCGUCGCUACACAGCUCGUUAUGAGAAGGCAGUUUUUGCGCGGGAACGAUCAUUGACCAAAAGAGAGAAAGAAGCAGGGAUGCUUUCAUGGUCAGACCUUUUUCUUUCACAGCUAUGCCACCGUCGUGUACAAAGGAAGCGUGACAGAAGGGAACAGGAGGAGUUUGCGCAGAAUCAAUCUAAAGAAGUCAUGCCUACAGUUUUUUCAGGUUUCAAAGAUCAUCCUUUAUAUGCUCUAGAACGACAUUUACUUACCUAUGAAAUUAUCUAUCCCAAAACCAAGGAUCAAGUGUUGGGCAAAAUCAAAGGCGAGGCAAUCUAUCCACGGCAGAACGUGAAAACCGUACGAACUGCAGAAGCGUUCUAUAAGAUAGGGCGCGUUAUUAUGGAGCGUGAACAGCCAGUUAAAAUGGUGAAAGCACGAGCAGUGACGAUGGAAAAAAAAAGAUUGAAAGAACAGGCAAAACAAACUGGAGAAGACUUACUGGUGGCAUGUUACGGAGAAUGGCAAACGGAGCCUUAUAAGGCUCCACCAGUGAAGGAUGGCAAAAUACCGAAAAAUAGCUAUAACAAUAUUGAUCUGUUCACACCAGCUAUGCUGCCAGAAGGAGCAGUACACUUACCUUAUAAAGGAAUUGCUAGCGUGGCUAAAAAACUUGGAAUAGAUUAUGCCGAGGCUGUAGUUGACUUUGAGUUUCAUAAAAUGAGAGCAGUUCCUGUGGUUAACGGAAUAGUAAUAGCAAAUGAGAAUAAGUGGCUUGUAUUAGAGGCUUGGGAGGAGCAGGAAAAAGAAAAGGCUAUGAAAGCUUUCGAAAAACAAGAAAAAGAGGCGAUUGCACGAUGGAAAAAAUUGAUCAAGAGUAUAUUGAUAGAUGCUAGAAUAGAUCGUGAUUAUGGCGGACAUAAAGAGCAGCAAUCCGUGAAAGAACGAUGGGAUACAUUCGCUGCAAACAAGGAAAAGUCACAAGGGGAAUAUGAUACAGAUGAAGACGGCGGCGGUUUUCUACCUAAUGAUAAUGAUGCUGCAGAUUCUUUCUAA